AUGCUAGUUAUAGCUGGUAACGUCAUUUUCGUGUUUUCGGUUUAAUAAUUAAUUAAAUUAGACAGUAUUAAAAUUUGUUUUUUUAAUAAUUUAUCUUAAAAUUAAAUAUUUAAACGUGAAUUAAUAUUCAAUUUGAAUAUUGUUUUCAAUUCAUUAUGAACUUAGUGAAGGUAAAUAAUAUUUAAUGUUAUAACUAUGUAAAUGUAAAAUAUACUUUUUUUUUAGGAACAAAUAUGCACUUUUUGCAAAACGUUUGUGGUAUUAAACUCUUCGCACAACUGUGCUAUAGAAGCAUAAACUAAUACUAGUAAGUACAAUACCAAGUCAUUUUAACAUAAGUUGUACCAUUAAUUUUAAAAUCAAUAUCUACUAGUAAAAUGUUAUUAUUAUUAAAAAUAGCAAUAUAUUAGUAACUAAAAUUAAGUAAAAUAAUUUUAGUCUUUUUAUUAGUAUUAGUUAAUCAUACAAUACUAGUAAACUAUAUUAAUAAAGUGGAUACUGUUUAGGUAAUGAUUCAAUAACUUCGCCUUUAUUGACAAUAAAUAAAUAACACGAAAAAAGUGUAACUAAAGAGGAUAUUGUUAAUUUAAUUGAAAUUAUGGUAACUUAUACACCGCUUUGGAACCAUAUACAUGUAGAGUUUAAUUGUAAAAUUUAUAUUUAAUAUUAUAUUAUAUUAAUAUUUAUAUAGGUUUUUGGUAGUUUUCCACUAUCGUCAUAAAGACUACCACCCAACCUUGUAGAAUUAAUGGAGCAUAAUGAAAAAAUAUCAGAUUUUUAAAUCGAAUUAAUUAAUUUUUUUAAUAGAAAAAUAUUCAGUUAGUGCUUUACAAACAAGUUGGAAGUAUUUAAAAGAAAAGUACACUAGAAAAAAAAAUGCACCGUCUGGCAGUGCUACGUCUAUGAAAAAAGAAUGGCCUUAUUUAAGAAGUCUUAAAUUCUUAGACAAUGUUGUUAUGGUUCAAAAACGGUAAGUCCUUUAGAUAUAAAUAAUAAACGGAUAUUUUGAAAUUUGAUUUUUUUUUAUCUAUUGAACAGUACUUCUGACAGCUUACAUAGUACUACUAACAACAAUACAGGUUUGUUAGACGAAUCACCAAAGCAAAAGAAAAGUAAGCUUGUACAAAAACUGUGUUGUUUAAAACUAAUAUAUUGUUUAUUUAACUUUAAAACAAUAAUAGGUGAUCAUGAUAGCCCUUUUGGAUGUGUUGAAAAGUAGUAAACCAGUACCUCCUUCUCCUUCAGAACCUGAACAGGUCAAUGAGGACUACAGAUUUUGUAACUACAUGGUAGGUAUUAUGAGAAAUAUACCAAGGUCUUAA